GGAGGAAAGUACUUUGUGCAUUCCGAUCUACUGUUUUGUGGAGACCUGGAGGAAAUGCAAUAGAGCUAAUUGUCACUGAUAUCGACAUGCCAGAAUCUGCAAUGUUUUGUCAAGGUGGUGACGGGAUACCAGGACUUCACGUAAAUAACCAAUCAGCUGCUGUCAAUAAUGGUGACGUCAUUGCCGGGCGGCGAUCUGGCGCAUUUGCUGCAAAGGCAAUCAGAUGCAACACAUCGGGUAUUUAUACCGUUUGUGAAGUGACGCCUAUUUUGGAAAUUGCCAGCAAUGAAAUCAUAUUAGCCAGCUCUAAUCUUCCAACAGCAAAGGGUAACCGAGUCAAAAGAGGGACAUACACGUUCACACCCGCUGAUUUUACUAAAAUGUUUUCAGCCACCCUGGGGCAAAUCAAGUUUCCCUGUGGGAAGUUUACUGCGACUGCCGCAGCGACGUUUAAGGCAUCAUUGACUACCAGUCUGACUACGAAGUGCUCUGCUCCUUUUAUCAAAAAGGUCCGUGCAGCAAUCUCUGCCUCUUUGACGUUAACUUUAACGCUGAGACUUGACAUCGAAUGCAGUUAUACAUUAUCGGGCCCUGACAACCCGAAGUAUAACCAUCCAAUCGACAACAAAGUCAUCGUCCCAUUCUGUAUACCUAUUUUUUGGGGUAUAUGCAUUCCUGCUGCCGUUGUUGCCGAUUUGACCGUGGGAUACACGUUCACUGCUCAGGCCAAAGGAUUUGUGUCACUUACAUUGGAACGCACGGGCAAUCUCAGCGCCUCUGCCCAGUGGGAUGACUCUAGUGACAUCUCUUUCUCUGGUCCGACAUUUUCGUUGACCCCGAUGACCAAAAACUUCAAUGGUGGGUUGGAGAAAGACGAGACGUUUGUCCGAGCACAACUUACGAUAACCCCAGCGUUGAAAGUACAUGUUCCAAACAUGGCUAUAAUUGAGCGCAUCAUACGCGACGCAUCUCGGUGGAUUAGAUGGUGGUUGAAAGAUCUGUUUGGGGAAGGAGCAUCAAUAAACUUAGAUCCGAUCCUUGAGUUCGUCCUAUCAGCACCACUGAUAGGCAGAGCAGAGGCCGUUGCAUGCCCUAGUGACUGCGAGAAUUACCCUAAGGAAAAUAUUAAAGUGGCAGCUCACGCGGGACUUCCCGAGAGUUACGACGGAGACCUGUACAUCCGGGUACCAUUGACAAAUUAAGAAAAACAUUGGAACCUGUUUAGCGUUGAGGGAAACCAAUUUGACAAGAGUAAGUGCCUGGAAUGGAAGCCCUUUCCGCCAUGUGUUGGGACGACGACACCAGCCAUAACUACCACAAUACUUGAUGACACUCCUUAUAUGACAACUCCCUUAUCACCCACUGCUAUAACAAACGGUACCACACCCACUGCCAUAGCAACCACUCCCACACCCAGUGAUAUAACAAACACUACCAUACCCAGUGAUAUAACAAACACUACCACACCCACUGAUAUAACAAACACUACCACACCCACCGGUAUCACAAACACCACCACACCCAUGAAUAUAACAACCACUCCCACACCCACUGCUAUAACAAAUACUUCCACACCCAGUGAUAUAACAAACACUUCCGCACCCAUUGAUAUAACAAACACUUCCGCACCCAUUGAUAUAACAAACACAUCCGCACCCAUUGAUAUAACAAACACUUCUGCACCCAUUGAUAUGACAAACACUACCACACCUGUCGAUGGACCACCAAGCACGGCGUCAUCAAUACUCGAGGGUGACCCUCACUUGAUUACUUUUGACGGGGCUUGGCUUACCUAUAACGGGACUUGCCGUUAUCUUUUAACAGGGCUGUGUCCCAUUUACAAGGGUGACGUCGAAUACUUCUCCCUGAGCGGAAGAAACAUCCUGAGAGGCGAGGUGACGUAUGUGGAAGAUGUCCUGCUGACUGUAUACGGACAUCGACUUUACCUGUCACACGAGGGGGUAGUCACAAUUGAUGGAGAAGAAAUAAAUCUGCCUUACUGGAACGGUCAUAUAAAUAUAACAAAGACUGUACUCAAGUAUGAACCGGUACUGCGUCUGGAGACGGACGCCUCGAUAAACUUUACGCUUACAAUCCGUCACCCAAGGAGGGAUGGUAAACAUCAACUGAGGAUGCAGAUCCCCUGGACAUAUCGAGGAAAACUGUGUGGCCUGGCUCAGAAUUUUAAUGGCGACCCUUCUGAUGACUACCGCCUAUGUGACGGACAGGAUGUCAGCCAUAUUGCGCCUUAUCAAGUACGGGACCAGAAAAUAGCAGACAGCUGUCGUAUUUGGGACGAGAUAGAUGGUCUAAGCCCCAAUUGCAAGACGACUUAGGUAGUAGCAGUUGGAUGUACCAAACUGGAGCCGUAGUCGGAGUUACCUGUACAUCUUUUCAAAGAUAAAUCGCCAGUGUUUGACGCUCUGCUUUGUUAUUUACCCAGGGUGAUUUCCCAAAGAUAAGACGGACAAUUGAAACAAAUUAGUUGUCGUCAUUGCGAUUAUACUCCUUUAUAUACUAUUGUAUUGAACUGACAAUUGCUGUGAAUUAAAAAAACUGUAGCAAAUAUUUCAAUUGAUAAUUUUUAGGAUGGAGCAGUUGAAUUUUCAAAAUAAUAUUCUGUUGGUGAGUUAAAUACUUUUUGUUCUGUUAAUCACCUACAUAAAAAGGCAACAUUUCACGUCAGUAUUGUCUUUGGUGAGCAAAAAUGGAUAGCUUUAUAUAACAUAACUGAAAUUUCAAAGUGGGAUAGGUUUAUAUCAUAUAAUUGAAAUAUCUAAGUGGGAUAGGUCUAUAUUAUAUAACUGAAAUAUCAAAGUGGGAGAGCUUUAUAUCUUGUAACUGAAAUAUGGGACAAGUCUAUAUUAAAUAACUAAAAUGUUAAAGUGGGCUAGGUUUAUAUCCUAUAAAUUGAAUAUCAAGUGGUAUAGGUCUGUAUCGUAUAACUGAAAUAUCAAAGUAGGAUAGAUAAAUGAGUUGUCACCACAAUAUCAAAACGGAAAAGAUAUCUAUGUUAUAAGUAAAUACCGAUUUGGGAUAUGUUUGAAAUGUUUCAAAUAAAUUGGUGAUAGUUA